AGCAACAGUACCUAAAGAAUUAUUUCUAAGCAAUGUGUAUCUAUGGAAACCCGUUUGAUCAAUAACCUCACUUCAGAGUCUAUCCAGCUUAAUUCAGAAUCGGUUGUAUUUCUUCAAUAGUUUUACGAAAUCAAGACAAUUAUAUUUAAUAUGGUGAUAUUACAUGUGAAAAAAGCAGAUGAGAGUCAGUUUUUGUACAGCGUCAGUGUGGAAGAAGAUAUCGACACUGUUAUAGCCGGAGUGACAGCACUCUACAAUGGAAGGCUGAAGGUGAGCCGGAUAUGUUACGAAAUAGAAGGACUAGCCAAGCAUGGAACUCAGUUCCCACCUGAUAUAAUGGGGCUUUAUGAGGAACAAGUUAAAGACCUCGGCCUAAAAGACGAAUGGGGAGAUAUAUGUGAACCGAGUGGAGGCUACACGCUCGAGAAGGACCCUGUAGGAAGAAGGAAUGGCAAGAGACCGAACGAACACAUGGCCAAAGUCCUGACGAAUACAGUCGAGGAAGCGAGGGCGAUGCUGUCCAAGAAGCUAGUAAAUGACAACAAGAUAUUGGAAAAAAAGAUGAUCAAAGAGGCACUGGCUAUAUUGAGAGGAGCCGUCACAAUCGUUUACCCGAUGGGUUUACCGCCACAUGAUCCCAUCCGCCUCGAGUUCGAAGAGAAAGAAGACUUGUCGGGAACCCACGGUUCAUUAGAAGUCAUUGAAGAGUCUCACGCUUGCCUCUGGUUCUCAGGGAAAGAAAUGCUGAGAGGAAAAAAACUCAAAGAUUACGUUGGUCCUAAUGAAAAAACAAAGAUCACUGUCAAGAUCUCAAAAAGUGGACACGGAGCACCUGCAAGAGAACCCAUCUGCACCGAGGAGGAUAAGAAAAGACUGAUGUGGCAGGCAAAGCAACGUGAAGAAGAAAUGAAGAGACUCGAAGAGAACCAGCACGAGUACGAAGAUACACCCUGGGCAGAGACUGGACGGAUGAAAAGAGCAUUCCAAGGAAUGGGCAAUAUCUCUUGGAAGCCGAGAUGAAUGGAGUUUAUUAGCAGUUUCCAGUAAUAUAUUGUUACAGAAAAUAUUCUUGAUAUUUUAUAAUCUAUUCAAUUAGUUUGCUAAUCCAUGCAAGUAAAUUGAAAUUAAAGACCACCCUUUCAUUGUAUUUUAUUCCUCUUCCAACUUUGCUCACAUGUCAUAAUUAAAAAACCUAAUAGUGUUAAAUAGUUUAAUGUCUUUAAAUUUCAAUUUUUCGGUAUGAUCUGUCUCCCACUUCAGCAUGUAAUAUGUUCCAGUAUUUUUAGAGUAAUGAUGAAACGAAAGAGAGACCUUCGUGCAAUAAAAUCAACUGUGAUAAUUACUGUGAUAAAUAUUGGUCCACUGAAUUAUCUUAGAGAUUAAAUAAACUUGUGUUAAUUACAAAAAAUCAUAACUUGAGUCAUGGAACAAUCAGACUCCUCUAAGGUGCCUUCUGAUAUCAAGGAAGAGAUAUGUGAUGAGAUUUUUUCAAAAUUUAUUUCAGUUAAGGAAGCGCUGAGCUAUUUUAAAUCUCUUAAUUUACCUAAGGAUUCUGUCACCUUGCCGCCACCAAAAACAAAACUUAGUGAAUUAUUUAGGUGGGUUAGAAGUCCUGUGAAAUUGAAUGAAGAUCUUGCACAUGAAGUGGAUUUAAUAUUUUCAUUGACUCAAUGUGUUCCGAACUGGAAUGAUGAUGUACAAUUCAGAAUACUGCAGACUAUUUACAGUAGAUUAACUAGUUCCAAAGAUGAUUGUCCUCAAAGAGGGCCUCAUUGGCAGCAGAUUGGAUUUCAGGGAACAGAUCCCGCUACUGACCUACGGGCUGUUGGUCUCUAUGGGCUUAUACACUUGCUCCACCUAACAUCUAGCGAUGUGCUUCCCCUUGGUCAAAAGUUGUACAGUGUUGCUAAUUCCGAGAGCCAACCCUUUCCUCUUGCGGUGUUGAGUCUUAAUGUCACUAAUAUUGUUUUGAAUGUGUUUAAUACUGGGAAGCUAAACAGAGAAUGUAAUGUACGAGAAUCAGUUAUAGAAACUUUAAACAAUUUCUAUGCAGCAGUUACAGCUUACAUACUUAAUGUUUGGAUUACACAAAACAAGACAAUCAAGGAUUCUGGAUAUUUGCUUAAAGAUGCUGAGCGCUAUUGCGGUAGAAAUGUUAAGCGUGUUCUGAAAGACUUACCUCAAAACUUGAAGAAAUAUCAAGUGUAGUCUUACUAAAAAAAUACCAGAAUGGUAUUGCAUGAAGACCAGUUGUUGAUUACUGCUCCUUUUGGCCAAUAAAAGUUUUUCUCAAGUCUAAAUUUGACUGUGCUGAUAGCUGUGCACCAUCAGCUCUAGAAACUUCAACUGGCUUAGUUGCCGUUAACUUCUCUGGUUCUAUUGCUCGGCCCUGUAUUGCAUCUAUGACAUGUGCAGUAUGGCAUCCAUUGCUGUCACUCUUACCAUUCUUGAGUGCGCUAACCCCUGCCAUCAUGAGGGCUAGCAUUGAGGUCAUCAUCGCCUUGCCAGACAGGGCUGCCAACGCUGCCAUUCCAACAGCUGCCAAUGAUCCAGUGGCCCAUAAUGCUCCUCCGUAGCCCUUCCUGCGACCUGUUAACAAAUAUAAAAUUUCCUUUAUUGUAUUAUAUUCACUUAUGUAACAGUGUUGUAGUUAACAUGUUAAUAAUUUAUAAUUAGCGAAUGCGUUGAAAUUUUGCUCAUUAAGUGUAACUAUGUAUUGUCAAAAAGCUUUUCCUUUAUUAGAAGAAAUUUGAGGAUUUUAAUUUUCAUUUGUAAUCAAAUAUUUAAAAUCAACUGUUGGUAAUGUUUAGUAUACCAAUUAAAUAAAAAAAAAUUAAAUCGGAAAACUAAAAUUUUUUAUGGAAACUUAAAAAUUCAUUUUCAAUACUUAUCCGGCAUGAAUUGCAGAUACUAUGGACAUGCAAUUAUGAAUAUUUAUUUUGAUUAUCAUAUAAAUUGAUUAUAAAUAUUUAUACUGUUUAUCUUAAUGAUUUAAGAUAAAUAUUUUUCUUAGUUUUGAUGAUGUAUUUAAUAAGCUAUUAGUUGAGGACAUCUAUAACAUUUAUGAUUAAGGAGAAGUUUUAAUGUUUUAUUGAUUUUGGUCUAAAACAGCUAUUAAAAAUGCUGAAUCAUUGU